CCUCAGCGCGCUCGCUCGCUCCCCACUGGCAGCCCCGAGCAUCCACCAGCCGAGCGCAGACAGGAGAGCUUCAGCCGCGUCCUCGGGCCCCGACACCGACCCGGCGCCGCCAUGACCCACUUUAACAAGGGCCCCUCUUACGGGCUCUCCGCCGAGGUGAAGAAUAAGAUUGCUUUGAAAUAUGAUCCACAGGUAGAAGAAGAUCUCCGCAGCUGGAUUGAAGAAGUUACUGGCAUGAGCAUUGGCCCAAAUUUCCAGCUGGGCUUAAAGGAUGGCAUUAUACUAUGCGAGCUUAUCAACAAACUUCACCCAGGAUCAAUAAAGAAAAUAAACCAGUCCAAGUUAAACUGGCAUCAGCUGGAGAACAUUGGAAAUUUUAUCAAGGCUAUACAACAAUAUGGCAUGAAACCACAUGAUAUUUUCGAAGCAAAUGAUCUCUUUGAGAAUGGAAAUAUGACCCAAGUUCAAACAUCAUUGGUGGCCCUUGCAGGCUUGGCAAAAACCAAGGGAUUCCACACUACAAUUGAUAUUGGCGUUAAAUAUGCAGAAAAACAAGCCAGAAGUUUUGAUGCCGGAAAACUCAAAGCUGGACAAAGUGUGAUAGGUUUGCAGAUGGGGACUAACAAAUGUGCCAGCCAGGCAGGAAUGACAGCUUAUGGAACUAGGAGACAUCUCUAUGAUCCAAAGAUGCAAACAGACAAGCCAUUUGACCAGACAACAAUUAGCCUGCAGAUGGGGACUAAUAAAGGAGCCAGUCAGGCAGGGAUGCCUGCACCAGGAACAAGGCGAGACAUCUAUGACCAGAAGGUCACAUUACAGCCCAUUGACAACACUACAAUUUCACUACAGAUGGGCACCAACAAAGUGGCCUCACAGAAGGGGAUGAGUGUGUAUGGGCUUGGACGGCAAGUGUAUGAUCCUAAAUAUUGUGCUGCGCCAACCGAACCGGUCAUUCAUAAUGGAAGCCAAGGAACAGGAACUAAUGGAUCAGAAAUCAGUGAUAGCGAUUAUCAGGUAGAAUAUCCAGAUGACUAUCACGGGGAGUACCAAGAUGAAUAUCAAAGAGAUUACCACGGUCAAUACAGUGACCAUGGCAUUGAUUACUAGGUUUGCCUCAAAAGCCCAGUAUUAGUUUAUUAUUUUAUUCAAGAAAAAACGAAACUAGCCUUGUGGAAUUGUUACCCAUCCUUUACACAUUAUGCUUCAUGUACUUAAGGAAAUACUGCCUUACAUAACAUUCCUUUUUUCCUUUCUCUGCCCUGUUUUUCUUCUCUAGUUGCCUUUAAUGCUGUAACAUUUUGCGGUCUGCAGCAUAACCAAUAACAGCAUAUGAAGUAAAAAGGAAUACUGUGAAAGGGAACUUCUCGUAUUACAGCCAAGUCUUUUAAUAAUAAGGAACUAUGCAUUUUUUUUUUUUUUACAAUCUUGUCCUGAAAUAGGCAUUUUGCAUACUAUACCAAGCUUUUCCUUUAAUUUUUUUUUUCAUUAUUUGCAGCUCCAGUCUGUGGAAGACUGUUAAAUGCUUUUUAUUCAUAAAUUUAAUUCUGGACCCAUACCAUCAAAAUAAAGGUUUUAGUUUAAUAGUUUAAAAAAUGUUGGUUUUGUACUUGCUUGCUUAUCUCCUGAAGUCAUAAUAGAAAUAAUAAAUGUGCAUUUGUGGUUGUGUAUGUUUCAUCACAAUGUCUAAAUUCACCGACAUUCUAGGAAAAGCUUUCUUUUUUUGUUUUUUUUUAGAAAGGAACUAGUAUUAAGUUCUGAGCCCACAAAAAUCUUUACAUUUUGAAGGUCAUUGACUUUGUUUCCUGUGCCAUAAUAUAUCCAUGUAGAAUUGCCUUUCCUUUGAAUUGUAUUUAUUGCCACAUUUCUCAUCAUCAACUGAUCUUGUUGUAUUUUUUAUAAAUAAAUGUUGUUUUCUUGAA